GUCAAAUUCAUGCGCGUCGCUUCAAGUCGUAAAAUUGGGUUCAUCUGUUCAUCUACAAACUUUCGCUCCAUUUCGAAUGCAUGUUUAGAUUAUUUUCAAUAUGUCUAAAAUGGCCAAAGUGGACAGGAAGAGGUUCGAGUGCAAUGCCUUACCUAAAGGCUGGACUCGAGAAGAAGUGAUAAGGAAAGCCGGGCUUUCUGCUGGAACGAAAGACAUUUUUUACUACAGUCCGAACGGCAAAAAAUUCCGAAGCAAACCCCAGUUAGUCCGAUAUUUGGGCGAUACUGUCGAUCUGACAACAUUUGACUACAAGACUGGCAAAAUUAAUGCAAUACUGUUGAGGAAGAAUCGCAAAAAAGCUCAACCUGACCUGGCAAGAGGUUUCCGCAAUGACCUCUCUGUCAUCCCACCAAUCCGACAAACAGCUUCGAUAUUCAAACAACCAGUCACAAUUGUGAAAUCACAGGAGUGCAAAGUUCGCCAUGAGCUGAAGCAUGGCCGGCAAGAGAAACCCAGACAGCUUUUCUGGGAGAAACGAUUGGAGAACCUCAAAUUUCUGAAUUUUGAAACUGAAGAGAACAGCCGUCUUCCCCCCUCCAUCAAACCGGUUGGUCCUUAUGUCACCUCUGACACAGCACUUCAAUCACUAGUUUCGUCUUUGCACACGGUCAUCCAAGGAGUGUCGAUAACUGGACAGACCGGAUCCAAAUCGGCCUUGGAAAAGAACGCCGGAGUGUUUCUCAACCCUGAGCAGCCUCUUGUUCAGGGUCUUGUGAUAUCCGAGAGCGACAUUCGCAAGCAAGAGGAAAGAGUCCUGUCUGCCCGCGUGAAACUGCAAGAAGCCCUGCGUUCGUUGUGAUUUUUUCCCCUUCCUUUUUGGCGAACCCCCAAAUGGACGAGAAAUCAAACCACAUAAAAGUUAAAUCCGUGAUUCUUCUUCUCCUCCUUUUAUGUCUCCACCCGACGCCCCUCCCAAGAAAAAAGUCUCAAACUUUAUUGAUGUGUAAUUUGUCUCUCACGUCCCGUCAAAGUUGACUCUGCGUUCGUGUGUGUUAUUUUGUAUUAUCCAACAACAACUUCUGACGUUCUUAAGUGACUCGAAAAAAUACAAACAACAAGAAU